GGCUAGAAGAAUUUCUUCGAAAGGAGGGCUUUCUUAGAGACAUGCAGCCACUACUCAAUGCCCUGCCAAAUGUGGACAUGUUUGAUCCUGGCUUGAGGAGCCCCAACACCCAAGUAGCCAACACCAGCCACCAGCCUCCAUCCCGGAACCAGGGAGCCUCUUCAAGCCCUUGGCUUCCUCAGCAGCCCCACUUCACACCCCUGGCCACCAUUCCCAGUAUACAGCAGAACCUUCUCGUACCAGCACAGAGAUCUUCCGCAGAGACCAGUGAGCUGAGGGCGGCCCUGCUGAAGAUCUUCCCUGACUCUGAGCAAAAACUGAAGAUUGACCAGAUCCUGGUAGCUCAUCCAUACAUGAAAGACCUGAAUGCCCUUUCUGCCCUGGUAUUGGACUGA